UUUUCUUUCCUUCUUUCUUUCUUUUCCUUGCAACCUCUUGUUCUCACGCUCACCUUCCCACUUCUUUACCUCUUGGCCCUUUUCAUUUAUCCCUCUCUCUAUUCCUAUUUUAAUUAAAAUCAUGUCUUUUAAUGCAUCUAAGCGCGAUGGUUCGCGUAUGGCAAUCAUUGGCGCCGGUUCAGUUGGAUCCGCUAUCGCUUUCGCUUGUCUGAUGCGUUCUGUUGUCUCGGAAUUAUUGAUCAACGAUUUCAAUGAGAAGGUUUGCCAAGGCCAGGUGCUCGAUCUUCAGGACGCCGCCUUUGUUUCCUCAACCAAGGUUCGAGUCGGUACACCAAAGGAGUGUGGUCAAGCUGAUAUCAUCGUCAUUACGGCGGGAGCGCGCCAGCGUCCAGGCGAGACGCGUGACGAACUCGUUCAGCGAAAUGAAGAUAUUCUCAGGAAUGUCCUUGAUGGCUUGCAGCCCAUCAAAUCUACUGCUAUUUUGAUGCUUGUUGCUAAUCCGGUCAAUAUCCUUACUUGCAUGGCCCAAAAGUUCUCAGGCUUACCUCCAAGUCAGGUCAUUGGUACCGGUACCUACCUAGACUCGGUUCGUUUCCGUGUUGCCAUGAGAGAACAUCUCCAGGUUUCUGGUGCAUCCGUCCAUGCCUAUGUUGUUGGUGAUCAUGGCGAUAAGCAGGUUGCAGUCUGGUCUUCCGCUACCGUCGGAGGAAAGCCAUUGCUCUCAUACGAAGAGAUUAAGAGCAUUGAUUGUGAUGAGGAAGCCAAAAAGGUUGCACGGAAAGCUUAUAGUAUUAUCGAUCUUAAGGGCGCUACUUCCUUUGGUAUCGCUGCCGUAGUCUCGGAUCUUGCUCUCUGCAUUACUCUCAACAAAUUGUCUGUCAUUCCCAUCUCAACCUACUGCGAGCGUUUUGAUGCCUGCUUAUCUUUCCCCGUCUCUUUGGGUACCAACGGCGUUGAGCGCAUCGUUUACCCAGAGAUGAACGAAAAGGAGAUUGCGAUGGUCGAAGCCAGCGCCAAGGCCACUCGUGAGCAGUGUGCCAAGUACAAUGACCAUCGCAAGUGAACAUGUACCUUUUUCCCCUUUUCUCUAAUACGCCUUAUUCAUACAUAACUUUACUAAACAAUAAAUUCAAUUUUUUGUCAUGCACUU